AGUGCUAUAAAAGAGUACUAUAUCGAACAUCAACCAAUCAAUGAUGGGAUUGUUGUUCUGCCCGAGUCUUGUACUGGCCUUGAUAGCGUGCGUCUUUCUCAGUCAAACUCAUCUGAGUCUAACAUUCGGAUGCGAGUCUAACAGUUGCUAUAAUGGUGGGUUUUGUGACGAUAAACCUGACGAUCAGUCUGGCUUUCAUUGCAUUUGCUUUGAUAAGCAUUUCGGAGAGAGAUGCGAAUUGCGUAAUUGCAAAUGGGGUUACUGCUUCAAUGGUGCAACGUGUGCAACAAAUACCACAAAUUCGAAACAGUUGUGUAUUUGUCCCGAGGGUUGUAAUGGAAAAAUGUGCGAAAUAGCACAAUGUGGGGAAAACGCCCACUGCCAAUACAAGCCGCAUAAAAUUCCAUUGCCUGGGAAAAAUGACAGCUGCAAUGCAUUAAAUCAUGAAGGUUGUGUUUGCAACGAGGGUUACAGCGGGGAUGGAAUCAACUGCACUGCCGAUGGCGUGUUUGAUUAUGUUUUUGACCACUAG